UUUGUCAUGAUGUUUCUUCCUUGCUUACUUCUCAUCCUUUCAGCCUGUGUUUCUGCAACACAGUACAGAAUCCCAAGGCUUAGUAUAAUAGACAGAGAUUCUGAAGCUCUGUCCUUGCCUCUUUCGGAUGAUUUUAAGACAUUUUAUUACGACCAAACGUUGGAUCACUUCAAUUAUAGGUCUGAAAGCUACACCACGUUCGCUCAUAGAUAUAUAAUCAAUUUUAAGUAUUGGGGUGGCGCAAAUUCCAGCGCUCCCAUUCUUGCCUACUUGGGAGUAGAAGGUCCACUGGAUAAAGAUUUGAACGUGGUAGGAUUCUUGACUGAUAAUGCUGCUCAAUUUGGGGCUCUUCUUGUUUAUAUUGAGCAUCGUUAUUAUGGGAAAUCGAUACCCUUUGGAUCAAGGGAGGUAGCAUUGAAGAAUGCAAGCACUUUAGGCUAUUUCAACUCAGCUCAAGCAAUGGCAGAUUAUGCUGAUGUUCUUAUACAUGUUAAAAAGACGUUGCAUGCUAAAUAUUCUCCUGUGAUUGUUCUUGGUGGAUCAUAUGGUGGAAUGUUGGCCGCAUGGUUUCGUUUGAAAUAUCCUCAUAUGGCCCUUGGAGCUCUUGCUUCUUCAGCUCCAAUCCUUUACUUCGACGAUAUCACGCCACAUAAUGCAUACUAUUCCAUUGCCACUAAGGAUUUCAGAGAAGUUAGUGAAAGUUGCUAUGAAACUAUUCGGGAUUCCUGGUCCGAGAUUGAAACAAUUGCUUCCAAGCCUGAUGGUCUUUCCAUUCUUAGCAAAGAGUUCAACAGCUGCAGUCCUCUGGAUAACUUCUUUCAGCUGAAAGACUACUUGUGGACUAUGUAUACCACCGCAGCCCAAUACAACCGCCCACCAAGAUAUCCGGUCACUAGAAUCUGUGAUGCCAUUGAUGGAGCUUCAUCUGGAAGUGGAAUUGUUGGCAGAAUUGCUGCAGGGGUGUUUGCUUAUAAAGGAAAUCUAUCCUGCUACCAGAUUCAGCCCAGAGAUGAGACUGAAACCGAUGUGGGAUGGAGGUGGCAGAGAUGCAGUGAAAUGGUGAUGCAAUUAAGCACAGGCAAUGAUACUAUGUUUCCAGCAUACAAUUUUGAGCUUGGAAGCUUCAUAGAUUACUGCAAUAAGUUAUAUGGUGUGUCUCCGAGGCCUCACUGGGUCACCACCUAUUAUGGAGGCCAUGACAUAAAACUCAUCCUUAAGAGAUUUGGCAGCAACAUCAUUUUCUCCAAUGGACUCAAGGACCCUUAUAGCAGCGGCGGAGUGCUGAGUAACUUAUCCGACAGUCUCCUUGCACUCCAUACGCCUAAUGGAUCUCAUUGUUUGGACAUUUUACGAGCAAAUGAAACGGAUCCACAGUGGUUGGUGGAACAAAGAGAGACAGAGAUUAACAUCAUUAAAGGAUGGAUCAGCAAGUACUAUGCUGAUCUUGGCCGUCUAAACAAUAUAUAAACAACACAUAAUGAUGAUGAAACACUAUAGACAGGAUAUGAAAAUCAUCAUGACAUGUAUGCCACUGAAGAUGAAUUUAUGAACUUGUAUUGAUGUU